GUAGGCAAGACCGACCGCAAGUCAACAGUUGAUAUGUUACUAUGCCGAAUUGAAGAGGAAUCAAAGUCAUCGACAGGUCUUCUUUUGGGCAAGCGUUCAAGUGAAAAGGAACAGCAAUACUAGUGCAAACUCAUAA